CAUAAUGUGACAUACAAAUUAAUUUUGACAUUAGCCUACCUUAUAUUCAAAAUAAAAGAUAUUUAUUGCGUUUCCCUUAAAUAUAAUAUUGUAAAAUGAGUAAGGUUAACUUCAGGGAUAUAUCACCAAUUUUACAAGCAUUUAGAAAUUUCCUACUCGGUAGAAAAUUAACAAAUCCCUUGAGGUUUGAGCCAUUAAUUGCAGCGAGAACUCAACCGCCUCCACAGAUUCCUGAUGGAGUUAGUCACAAACAUGCUCACAACUAUUACUACACUCGUGAUGGUCGACGAGAAGUCAUGCCUCCUCAGGAUGUGACACAGCUGUUGAUUCCUGACAGUAGUGCUGACAAGGGAACUCCUAAAACAGCUGCAAAUGCCAUGCCAAAGCCUGGAGCCAUAUUCCACUGGGACAAACAUUAUUAGUAUCAUUACUUGGCUUAUUAAACAACAGUGUAGUUCUGUCCGUAGCUUGUGUUUAAUAGAACUUAUGGCUUAAUAAACCUUUAAAAAAAACUUC